UUGCUUCAUCAGAGACACCAUUAACAAUUCAUACCAAUUACAAUUUACACAAAGAGCAGGAGCGAGAAAAGUCAUUAUUUAUUGAUAAAUUGGAAGUUCUUCGCUAUAGAAAUGGCAGGAAACUUUUGGCAAAGCUCUCAUUGUCAGCAAUGGAUUCUGGAUAAACAAGUCCUGAUGAAGGAUCGCCAAACAGAUUUACAGAUCCUAACAGAAGAGGAGUACCAAAAAGUCAUGAUCUUCUAUGCAGGAGUUAUUCAAGCACUUGGAGAACAGCUCAAAGUUCGUCAACAAGUAGUCAGCACUGCAACCAUCUAUUUCAAAAGAUUUUAUUCCAAGAACAACCUUAAGAGUAUAGAUCCACUUCUAAUGUCACCAACCUGUUUAUUUUUAGCAUCAAAAGUUGAGGAGUUUGGCCCUCUGAUCAAUAGCAGAUUGAUAAGUGCCUGUCAGUCAGUAGUGAAAAAGCUGCCAUAUGCCUUCUCUGGACAAGAAUUUCCAUACACAAUCAAAUUGAUCCUGGAAUGUGAAUUUUACCUCCUGGAAAUCAUGGAUUGUUGUUUGAUAGUGUAUCACCCAUACAGGCCUCUUAUACAAUACGCAUCUGAUCUUGGACAAGAAGAUCAGCUCCUACCUCUCGCUUGGCAUAUAAUCAAUGACAGUCUUAGAACAGAUGUUUGCUUGCUAUAUCCACCAUAUUUAAUUGCUUUAGCUUCCCUCCAUAUGGCGUGUGUGAUAUCCCAGAAUGAUCAUACUAAGAUUUGGUUUGCUGAUCUCAAUGUGGAUCUAGACAAGAUUCUUGAAAUUACACAACAAAUUCUCAAACUGUAUGAUCUAUGGGAAAACUACGAUGAGAAGAAAGAGAUCGCCAGCGUGCUCGCCAAAGUUCCGAAACCUCAGCCCAUCCCACCCCCCUCAGCAUCCGCUGCAACGUCAGACAGCUAAUCCUCAUGAAAAGAGGGACAUGGUCGAUGCUUGGUUUUGUGGACAUUGAAAAAGCAGAGAGAUUGCCAGCUUGUUAGUCAAAGAUCAGAAACCUCAGCCCAUCCCACCCCCCUCAGCAUCCGCUGCAACGUCAGACAGCUAAUCCUCAUGAAAAGAGGGACAUGGUCGAUGCUUGGUUUUGUGGACAUUGAAAAAGCAGAGAGAGAUUGCCAGCUUGUUAGUCAAAGAUCAGAAACCUCAGCCCAUCCCACCCUCCCUUUUCAGCUUUUGCUGCAAUGUCAGCCAGCCAAUCCUCAGGAAAAGGAGCCAUGUGGAAGGACAGUGGUUGGUACUAUGCUUUUAAUAGGUUCAUUGGAAGAACAGAGAUUGCCAUUGUGCCAACUUCUGAAAUCUCGGCCCAUCAUACACCCUCAGCAUCCACUGCAAAGUCAGACAGCAAAUCCUCAGGAAACAGAGCAGUUUGGAAGGACAGCGGUUGAUGCUUGUUUUAGGUUCAUUUGAAAAAACAUACAUGAUGUAGUUUGAUGUAGAUUGUCAGCGUGCUAGGAAAGUUCAGAAACCUCAGCCUGUCCCAUCCUCCCCCAUCAGCCCCUGUUGCAAUAUCAGGCAAUUCUCAGGAAAGGGAGCAGUGUAGAGGGACAUGAUUGAUAAUGGUUUUAUGGACAUUGAAAAAAUAGUGGAAUUUCACUUUACAGAUACUGCGUGAUAUACUUUGUUAACUCUUGAAGUGAAAGUAAACAUUGCUUUAAUAGUAAGACACAGGAUAUUAAAGCAUUCCUUCAAGUCCUUCAGAGUCAAUUAUCUUGAUAAGCAUUGUUCUGACAGUCAUAUAUUCAUUUGUUUUUACUAGUUAUUGCUCAAAGCAAGGAUAAACCAAAUAAUGCCUCAAUUGCAUAUUGGCACUUUCAUAAAAGAAUAAAUAUUAUAUGACACCUAGAUGACAUCAUCAUCUGUGGAAAUUUGGAUCUGUUGAUUGUUCAAUUUUAGAUCCAUACGAUUUUGUCCUUUGCACGCAUCCACCAAGACAGCAAGCAACACAAGUAAAAACGCUCUUGUUUGCUCGUUUGCAACGCACGUGUUGUGUGUACGCUACAAUCAACAGACCAAGCUCGCAUUGCAUGAGCAUAU